ACGAUAGGCGUUUACCAUAGCCAUAUACACCUAUCGUACUUCUGAACACCAUACCUAUGGCAGCAGAUUUAGGAAUUCCAAUGAAUUCUAAAAACAGAAUUAGCUGUUGUCAUUCCCCAGAAACGGUUACACUGCCAAUCCCUUCUGACGUAGUUUCGAAAAAAUAUAAAAUUGGAUACAAGAUAAUACGAAACAACAAGGAAACAUGAAACCGGCUAAGAGGAAAAUCCACAACGUAAACCUGAUUGGUAGUGGAAGCUAAGUUGAUAAUGCGAUAUUAACGUCACUGUGCCAUAGAAACAAGCACCUUGCAGACAUUACAGUAAAUUCCAUUUUAAAGACUUUACCAGUAUGACGCACUCGUCGGAAUUAAUUAUCUUGUUUAUAGUCCAUCCCGAGAUCUCAUAGAGACCGGUCAUGUAGCGCACAGUGACAUAGCCAAAUAAAUAAUCUAUCAAUUUAAAAGUCAAUGUAAUUAUUGAUAAUAAAAUUUAAGUGUCUACAUAUUGAGACAGUGAAAACUAGAAAAAUAACAGUGUACAAACAACAUGAGGCUUCAGAAAAGGGACCGCAAGAUCCAUGAGGGGGACCUGGCGAAGCAGAAGAAGCGUUACAGCCGCGACAUUCGGCAGAUGCGCAAGGACAUCACGACGAAGCGCACCGAGCUCGGCGUGGCGGUCUACGGCGACAAGCAGUUCCUGCGCAACGCCUUCCAGGAGCACCGCCGCCUGCAGCUCACCUACAUGAACAGCCAGGCUGACAAAGUUGUCGAGAGUAUACACCAAGAAAACUUCAACAAGAGGAAACAACUUGACAGAAUUAGAUAUACCAAGAAGAAGAAAAUGGAAAAGUUUCGUCUAACGCAGCUCCAGUCAGCGGAGCUCCGCGACCGGCUGUUGUACGAAGUUGGCGGGAAGCUGCCCGCGGAGAUAAAAGAGCAGGCAGUGGCCAACUACGUGCAGCGAGCUAAUAUCAAGAAGAACGCGGCUCUCGCUAUCAAAGUCAUGUACAAGAAGAUCCUAGAUAUACUUAAAAAGGACUCGUCAUACUUCACCGUAGUGUUGGAAGCGUUGAAGCUGGACUGCCGCACGCAGGGCAAGUGCCUGAUGGGCGCCACGGAGAUGGGGCAGCUCGCCAUGGAGUACCUCGACGACCGCAAGUACGAGUUCAACAAGCUGGAGAAGGAAAUCAAGGCCAAUAUGAAGGAGAGACAGAGGACGCUCAAACUCGUCCGUCCGGGAAGUCGCCUAUUUGACGGACUCCUUCCCGAACUUGAUACGUAAGGAGGAAGCCACGAACCUGGACGACCUGUACGAAGACGAGGACGCGCAGAGCCAGCACUCCGUGCACUGGGAGCUGGAGGAGGUCAUGGGCAUCUGCAAGCGUCUGCAGAAAGCAACCCUCGUGUCUUCGUUUGACCAGAU